ACCAUUCAGCUGCGCGAUGAUCUCCCGCCGGGCUGCAACUGUACCGGCAUUGGCUGCCAGUACGGCCCAACUAGCGAUCCUCCGCAGGGAACAUUGAAGAUGCUUGCCCCUAACGGAACAGACAUGGGAGAGACAGGUCAACCGGGAUUCACGCUCGCCGUAACGUUUACGCCACCACCUUGCUAUCCAGAGACAAUGUUCUUCAUCGCGAUACUAGACGGAAACGGCGGUCAGCUCGACAAAGUGUACAACUCGCCUGAUUUGCUCGGCCCAAUUCUUCUCAACUUGGGCGGUCAGGCCGGGACGGGAAACGCGACUCUGCAGCUUUUCGGAGAACCUCUGGAGCAUGGAGGGUUGUAUCAGGCGACUAUAUUCACAUAUAACACUUCGACGGGGGGCGUACAACAGGCGGUGACCGACUUAGACUUUGCCUGGGAGGUUCCUUAUCCGUACUAGACUAUCGCACUAGAAUAUGCUUGUCCUGAAGAGCAAGUCGGGCUGAAGUCGCGCUCGAAAUGUCGUGUUCGCGUACCGUAGCAUCGAAGGACAAUGCACGACAGACAAUUGAUACUGCAUGGUGGUCCAACAUAGCCUUCAGCGCUCGCGCGGGAAAACCUGGCGAUAUCGGCAAGACUAUUUAUCUCGGUGGCUUAAUGAUAUUUUCCUUCGGAAGGGGAAGGAUCUCGCCUGCUGGGUUCGAUCCCCGGCUAGGUCAACUUCCUUAUAGUCGUAUAUUUCAAACCUAUCUUCUAU